AUGGGGUUUCAGAGCGCGACCCUCGCCGCAGCCAACGCUACUCCUGUCGCGUUCCGAACCAGCAGCUUGAGCAGCCAGACUAAUCCCGAACACGGUUGUAGCAGCAGCUACAUCCAGGUCCCCCACCGCAUCGCGUCUUCCCCUUCAUUCCUCCGCGCAACGACGUACCCCGCACACGUCCGCAGGCAAAUUUUGGCAAUUCCGCUGCGCGUUACGGCGGAAACUUCCCCCGCAGAUACUGCCAAGCCUGGCGGCCCCAAACCUGGCGGUUCCAAGCCUAGAGACGUGACUCCCGCCGCCCCUGCUGCUGCUGACGGUCCGGGGGUUGUAGCGGGUGCUACUGCCGUCCUGGAGGCGCCUGCGGUGCUUCAGCCGUCGUCGGCGGCCGGCAGCGACCCAGAUGCGGUCCGGCUGGUACCGCGAGUGGAAGAGCGCGAGGGGUAUUGGGUCCUAAAGGAGGAGUAUAGAACGAGUCUUAAUCCCGCGGAGAAGAUUAAGAUUGCCAAGGACCCGAUGACGCUGAUCGCGGAAGGCGGUAAGGCGCUUCGGGAGCUGGCUUUAAAGACGAUGGCGGAGGUGGACGGGAGUAAGGAGGCGAAGGACGACAUCGACUCGCGGUUCAAGUGGCUGGGACUGUUUCAUCGCCGCAAGCAGCAAUACGGUCGCUUCAUGAUGCGCCUGCGGUUACCCAACGGCAUCAUUACGAGCGAGCAGACGCGGUUCCUCGCUGACGUCAUCAGCCGUUACGGCGAGGAGGGCGUGGCGGACAUCACGACGAGGCAGAACUGGCAGAUCCGCGGGGUGACUCUUCAGGACACGCCGGACAUCAUUGAGGGGUUGAACAAGGUCAACCUUCGAUUCAUCCAGAGCGGAAUGGACAAUGCGCGCAACGUGGUGGGCAACCCACUGGCGGGGAUCGACCCCCUCGAGAUCAUCGACACACGCCCCUUCUGCCAAGCCAUCGAUGACGUCAUCACGGGCAAUGGGGUGGGCAACAGGGCUCUGUCCAACCUCCCACGCAAGUGGAACGCCAGUGUGGUGGGUUCACACGACCUAUUCGAGCAUCCCCACAUCAACGAUCUCGCAUUCAUGCCGGCCCUCCGCCGAACCUCGGACGGAGGUUCGGAUGGGGAGAUGGGGUUCGAGAUGCACGUGGGAGGGUUCUUCAGCAGCAAGCGGUGCGAGGAGGCAAUUCCGAUGGACGCGUGGGUGCCAGCUCAGCCUGCUGACGUGGCGGCUGCCAGCAGGGCAGUGCUGGAGGCGUUCCGGGACCUUGGGAGCCGCAGCAACCGGCAAAAGACGAGGAUGAUGUACCUUAUAGAGGAUCUGGGCAUGGAGGUGUUCAGAGCUGAGGUGGAGAAGCGCAUGCCCAAUGGCCACCUGCCACGUAAGCAGCCUGGGCUGGUCUAUGUGGGCCUGCACGUGCCUGUGGGCCGGGUUCACCCAUCGACCCUGCACGAGCUCGCGCGAUUGGCCGAGGAGUACGGCUCGGGGGAGGUUCGGCUGACUGUGGAGCAGAACGUGAUUAUACCGAACGUGCCUGAGGGGAGGGUGGCGGAUCUGCUGAAAGAACCGCUAAUGGUCGGUGGGAGUGGAGAGGUGGCAACGGGGGGAGAGAAAAGGGAGGGAGAGGCGGGGGCGGAGGAGGGGAAGGGGGAAGUGGGGAAAGGCGAGGGAUUGUAUGGGUUGAGUGCGCAGCCGGGGAAUCUGAUGGGGUCCCUGGUGGCGUGCACUGGUAACCAGUUCUGCGGACAGGCCAUCAUUGAAACCAAGCAGAGGGCGUUGCAGGUCACGCGACAGCUGGAAGAAACUUUGAAUCUGCCCGAGCCAGUGAGGAUCCACUGGACCGGCUGCCCGAACUCUUGUGGGCAGGUACAAGUGGCAGACAUCGGGCUGAUGGGAUGCAUGGCAAGAGAUGAAAACAAGAAGCCCGUGGAAGGAGUCGACAUCUAUCUGGGCGGCAGAAUCGGAUCUGAUUCUCACCUGGGGCAGGUGCACAAGGCAGGUGUACCCUCUCUCCGCGCUCCUCCCCAAACCUUCCGUGAUACCGACCGUGGUGUUAGCAUGGCGACCAGUAGGAUAGCACUUCCUGCGACUGAAUUCCCCCUCCACGUGCCAGUGGGCAUCAGUGGGUACGGGGUGACGCUUGAGAUGAAGGACUACGAAGUCCUUCGCGACGAGAAGGCCGAGUUCACAGAACCUUGCUUCGACCUCGGCCUUGCGUACGAGCUCGAUCGUCUGGGAAAAGGCGACAGGAUGAUCCUGAUCCGCGGUGCGAGUCUUCGCGCUGCCAGGACGGCGUCGAAGGCGGACCAUCUGAUUUUCGGGUCGGCCUUCGGCUUCGAAGCCCUCGCCAUCCCCCUGUGCACCAGUGGCGGACCUCUUCCCGGCAGGCACUGCAGCGUCCUGCUUGUUGUGCGCCCUGGCGACCUGCUUUUGCCCGACGAGGAGGAGAUCGGGACGUUCUACCGCCACCUCAACCCCAAAACCUCCUCCAAGCGGCACGAGGAGGAGGCAGCCAACGUUCUAAGGUUUUUCGGCGAAUGCGUGAAGGCGGAGUUGAACCGUGGGGGAAGGCAGUGGACGGCUGCGCCUCCUUCCGCCAAAGUCCUCUCCGAACGUCUGGAGAGUCUUUCCGCCCCCAUCCGUGAUGUGAGUUUCCAACGUCCAUGUCGCCUUGUCGCCUGGGCUAUCGUCGUCCAGGCGUCGACUCACCCUUUUCGUCGGCGCCAUGUGCUUCGGAUGUUGAUGCAGAAAUUGCCCGACAUCCUCAACGAGGAGGUCGCCGGCACGGGGCUGUUGGCGGUCAACGCGUUCGCGUGGUCGUUGGAGCAUCUGGACGACGUGCAUCGCAGCUACGAUCCGCUCAUCGUCGAGAACCCGAAGAUGGUCGGCUUGAAGGCGCUCCGACUAGAGCUGCUGCACCACGCGGAGAAGGCCACGUCGAACAAAGGGGAGGCGGCUUCGACCGUGGCCCGUGGCGUCGGAACCGCCAUCGCUCUGGGUGGGGAGGAGGAGCACGAGAGGGAGGACGUCGAGGGGGGCGGGGAGCACGACGGUGGCUCGGAAGAAGAGGAGGACGUGGAGCGUGAGGAGGACGACGUGGCAGUCACCGGCGAAGAGGAGGUAGUACAGUUCGCCGGUGAGAAGGUUGCGGAUAAGAGCGGCGGCAGUGGACCCAAUUUGGGCAAGAAGGCCCGGGGCAGCAGUGGCUCGACCCCGACUAGGAUGGCGUCAAAGGCGGCUAUCGAGCGUUUGAAGGCGGCGGAGAGGGAGAUCAAGAAGCUGAGGGAGGAGAAGCUGGUGGCGGAAAAGAGGCUGGAGUUCCAGACGGCCCGGAACGACACGAUGUACGGCGUGGUCACCUCGGCCGUGAACAAGCUCACUACAGACGCCGAGGGCGUGACCCAUCUCGAGCAGACGUCGGGGAGGAGCAUCCAAACGGCGGUGGACGCUAUGAGGGCGGUCGUGCAGGAGGCGGUGAGCUAUCGCGGCUCCACCCUAGAAUUCAUGAACACGCAGUGGCUGCCCACCGUGCAGGCCCUGCACUUGACGGCUACUGCUGCACAGGGUAGGCGACGGGAGGACGACCUCCUGCUGCUUCGAGGUGUGGCAGAUGCUCUUGGCCAGAAGAUCAAAACAGUCGUGUCUGCCGAGGUGAGGGCUGCCAUGGAGGGCAAGGCGCAGCGGAUCGCCGCUGCCGUGACUGCGAAGGUCGUUCAAGAGUUUAGGGACGACCUGGUGAAGGCGGUCACCUCCGCGACCCAACAGGGCAUUGGCACCGCCGGGUUUAGCCUCCUCCCAACUGCUCUCGCGUCGGUGAUGCACGGCGGUCGCGCAACCGCCGAGGAGAGUGGGCCGGCCCCAAGGCAGUCGGGGAAAAGGGUCGCCGACGAGAAAUCCCUGACCGAGGACCAGACCAGCGGCUCUAAGCGAAGCAGAGGACCUGCGAUGAAACGCGGUGUGGGCGUGGAUCCUCCUGCCCCUUCGUAUGUUCUCAGUCAAAAGCCAUCGUUCGACGAGUAUCUGAAAUGGCUCGAGGAUGAGGGUCAGAAAACCCCGGUAAUUCCUCCGACUCACAGCAACCAGGCAGUCGACCAAGGAGCAGAGGCAGCGAACGUCGCGGCGGCGACUGCAGGGCUGAGUGGCUCAACGGUGGAGGCGGCUGUGUGGAGAGCGGCGGAAGAGGCCGGCGGGGUGGACGAAGAGAUCCUCGCCAGCAUCGUGAUGCCGGACCCGGUAAUUGAGGUCAUGCGGGAAAAACUUCAAGCAGCAGCUCCCACCGUGGGAGCGCAACAGGGUGCACCAGCCGCCUCGACUGCUCCUGCGGAGGACCAUAGCGCGCCUGGCGCCAAAUCCCCCCCGGCCACAACCGGUGAGGUCGGCGAUGGGAAGCAGAAGCGCAAGGGCAAGGACAAGGCGAAGGGCGGCCCGGCGAAGGUCGGCUCUUCCAAGGGGACGUCCAAAGCGGCCGCGCAGGGUCGGAAGGGUUCAGGCGUCCGCAUUGACCCUUCAAAUGGGCUGGCCGUCUCGGAGAUGAAGUUUGGGAAGAAGAGCCGUUACAUCUGCCGGUCGAUGGACAAGUCCGAGGCCGCCUACUGCAUCGCUGUCGCCGUUUCAUCGUUCGACGGCUUCGUCAGCAACGUGGUUCUCGAGGAGUUCGGUGGGGUCAAGGAGGAAGUGAUGGCGCAGUAUAAGGCGGACUGGAAUGUGGCGCGAUUGAUUCCGGGGGGCAUGUGGAUGGUCAUGUGGAGCCGAGGGGCGAACGUCUUCCGCGACAGGAUAACCGGAGCCGACCGCGCAGCUCUCAUGUUGGCUCUUCGCCCGGCGGUGUGGUUCGGCGACCUUCCGGAGUCGACCGAGCCCGAGAAGGCCGCGAAGAAGAAGGUGGCGAGCGACAUGAUCGCACGCGUUUCGAUGUGUGCCGCCUUCGCACCGGUGGCCGCGAAAGUGACGCCCAUUCCGGGCGUCGGGUCGGAGCGGUUGUCCGAGAUCCUCGCUGGUACUGCGGCCGCGGUGUGGUGUUUUUCGGAGACCAAUGCCACGGCGGAAGUAGCGGCCAGCGAAGGGGGGGCGGCAGCGACCAUGCGCGGAGCGUCCAACGUGUUCGCGAGUCGGUGUCGGACCGUCAUCGAGGCGGUGCUUCAGCGGGCGGCCUCCCGGGUGGUCGUCGUAGGGGAGGACGCCGAAACGGUGACGAAGGACCUGCAGGCGGCUGUGGUGAGGUCGCUGCCUGAGGUCGGAGAGGAGCGCAAGCACGACGAGCUGAUCGCCCGUGUCAUGAUAGAGAACCUCGCCUUCUGGGGGGACUGCAAUGUCGGAGGCCCGAAGCUCAAGGCUCGCGGCGUCGAUUUGCCUAUCGACCCCCAGAUGAAGAUUAUCAUUCGGGACAGGGGGGCGAGGGGGCAGCAACACAAAGGGAAGCAGGUCGCCGACGCCUAG